CGUGCAUCCCUGCGAGCUGGCGCCGCCGCCAGCAGACGAACUCGGCGAGUGGCGGCCGACGAGCAACAUCAGCAGCGGCGGCGGCGGCCGACAGCGAUUCGUGCUCGCCCAUGGAGACGGGCUCGCACGGUUCGCCGCACAUAUCGCGGCUCUACCCGGAGAUACUGGCCCUCAUCUUCAGCUACCUGGACGUGCGGGACAAGGGCCGCGUGUCGCAAGUGUGUUCCGCGUGGCGCGAGGCCGCGUACCACAAGUCCGUGUGGCGAGGCGUCGAGGCCAAGCUCCACCUGCGACGCCCAAACCCGUCUUUGUUCCCCAGCCUGGUGCGGCGCGGCAUUCGGCGCGUUCAGGUGCUCAGCCUAAAGCGCUCGCUGCGCGACGUGAUUCAGGGCGUGCCGAACCUUGAGUCGCUCAACAUGAUCGGCUGCUUCAACCUGACCGACGCGUGGCUGAACCACGCCUUCGUGCAGGACGUGCACUCGCUCAACGAGCUCAACCUGAGCAUGUGCAAGCAGAUCACCGACAACAGCCUCGGUCGCAUCGCGCAGCACCUCAAGGGCCUCGAGAGGCUCGACCUUGGUGGUUGCACGGACGUCACCAACACCGGGCUGCUCCUCAUCGCCUGGGGACUGCACAACCUGCGCUCUCUCAACCUGCGAAGCUGUCGCGGCGUCUCGGACGCGGGCAUCGGCCACUUGGCGGGCAUGACCCCCGCCACCGCCAUCGGCACCCUCAGGCUAGAGUCGCUGUGCCUGCAAGACUGUCAGAAGCUCACCGACGACGCGCUCAGGUUUAUCAGUGUCGGACUGCUGGACCUGCGGAGUCUGAACCUGAGCUUUUGCGCCAGCGUCACCGACGCCGGCCUGAAGUACGCCGCUCGCAUGGCGCGCCUGCGGGAGCUUAACCUGCGCUCGUGCGACAACAUCUCCGACCUGGGCCUGGCGUACCUCGCCGAAGGAGGCUCGCGCAUCAGCGCGCUCGACGUCAGCUUCUGCGACAAGGUCGGUGACCAGGGUCUGCUGCACGCAUCGCAGGGACUGUUUCAGUUGCGCAGCCUGAGCCUCAACGCGUGUCCCGUCAGCGACGACGGCAUCGGGCGCGUCGCGAGGUCCCUGGGCGACUUGCAGACGCUACACCUGGGUCAGUGCGGACGCGUCACCGACAAGGGCUUGAGCCUCAUAGCGGACCAUUUGAAACAGCUGCGCUGCAUCGACCUGUACGGCUGCACCAAGAUCACCACCGUGGGACUGGAGAAGCUGAUGCAGCUGCCCAACCUCGGCGUGCUCAACCUGGGCCUCUGGCAACACCAGCUGCACCAACAACAGAGUCCGCCGCAGCAGCGGCACAUCCGGUGACACGCCUGCGUAACAGUGCCUACUCGCCGUGUGUGACGCCUAUUCAUUUGUUUGCUUGCUCAAAGUGACGACCGCCUUCUUCGCUGUGCGCGGGAGGGGACGAGCGGUUUAUGUUUCUUCUUUUCACUCUUGCUCAAGAACGUGAACACUGUGAACACAGAAAUGUGCGGGAUCAGACGCUGGAUUAAGAAAGUGGGCGUGCCAUCGCUCCGUCGUCCAGAAUCAGCAACGACCCGUCCUACGACAUUGUAAGUACUGCGACGCCGACAGAAAAGAACCCGCCACACAGAGAGACGCGAGCUUAGCACGUAUAUGUCGCGCGUGUUUGCUGGACUGGUCAAAAAAUUCUUCCUUCUCGUGCCACAAGGAGACGCUUCGCUCCUACCUUUGUGAAGUUGUAAAUACUUUGUAUAAAAACAGCUCUUGUACAUGUUGCCCUGUAAAUAAGUUAUCCGAGAGCGACGAGUUGUACAUACGAGUCAACGAAUUGAUUGCAGCGCUAGUAAAGUUUGUUUUCAGAAAAAAAAAAA